CCUAAAGGUCAAAUUGUUACUACAUAGUUUCAAGUGUAUUAUUAGCCUAGAUAAUGAUUUUACCUUUUUCUCCGAAUCAAUCCUCCCAGAAAUCUUGAUUAUUUGUUGUUGAAGCCGGAGAAGAUGGCUGCUUGUGCUCUGAGAAGCUUCUUUUCAUUACAAUUACCUAGUAGCUUGAGACGAACAAGAAUCCUUAAUCAUUACAAUUACAUUGCGCCAACAACCCAUCUCCGCCGUUAUUCUUCUCGCGAAACAACCCAUGACAACCCACCUCAAGAACCUCUUCUUAAUCCAAUUUCAGAAGUAUCGAAGACGGAAGGGUGGGUUGGACAAACUACUAAUGUGGUUGAUGGAGGUACUGGCACUGAUGGUACCACCGAUGACUGGCUCACUCUUGAUCGUAAGGUGAAUUCUUAUCCAACAGUUAGAGAAUUUACAGCAAUUGGAUUAGGAGGCGAUGAUUUUGUGCAAGCUAUGGUUGUUGCUGUUGAAUCAGUUCUUCAACAGCAAAUUCCAGAGGACCUAGUGAAGCAAAAGAUUUCAUCAAAAGGAAAAUAUGUCUCUGUAACAAUUGGACCAGUUCAAGUUGCUUCAAGUGAGCAGGUUCAAGCUGUAUAUAAUGCUAUGCGGAGUGACGGUCGGAGGAAAUACUCUCUGUAGUUACUGUUGAGUCCUAUAUACAGGAUCAGUUUUAUAGAAAUCUACCGUAACAGUUAUAAGUAUUUGCAUCUUAAUAAGAUUAUGUCAUUUAGGUUGCUGAGAGGUUGAUGUUGUAUUUUCUGCUUGAAGCCUUAAACAUCCUGUAGCAAGCUCAUAGAAUCUAUGGUUAUCACCUAUAUUCAACUUCAAGAAAGAGUCAUAUUGAAUGUAUACAGGCCAGCCCAAACCAGUGGCCAACGGACGAUCUUCGUGUGCACUGAUGUAACUUACUUAUUAAAAGAGCACGAGCCCUGAGAGGAUACACUUUUUAUGUUCGCCUGUCUGAUCAUCCCAAUUGCCCAAUAUCUACAGUGUAUCUGUAGGCUUGUCUGAUCAUCCCUAAUCGGUUAUAUCUACACUCUAUGUAGGCUUGUCUGAUCAUCCCUAACCGGUCACACCUAUUUCCACUAAUUUUUGUUGUCUGUAACAGGAGAGUAGGUGCUUGAAUCUUAUUGUUUAUGUAUUUUUUUUACUUGGAACUUGAACCAAUAUCUUAGACAUCAAUCGAGACAUAUAUCAGUUAGAAGUAUAAGUUCUUAUAAGUUCAAAGUUCAAUUACAGGAAAUUUAAAUACUCACGCACACAUUGUCCACUAAGACUUGAUCAAAGUGGAUUAAAAACGAUUAUAAAUUUGAAUUACUGACGUCUUACAAGAGAAAUUAAGAGAUCAUAGUACAUACUUGAAAUUGAUGAAAGCAAAGAAAAGAAGAGCGUGGUAAACUACAUAAAAAGCUCAAUGAUCAGCUGAUUAGUUGAUCAGGAAUCUAUUAUGCAUAAGAGAAGAAAACAACAGUGGUGAAGAUUGACACAAGCAUCCCAGCAAUAAGCUGGUGUUGCUGUUGAUGGACUUGGAUCAGCGAAGAUGGCAGCAUCAGGAGAGUUUGCAGAUUUGACAGAGCAAGAUUAUGCAUGGCAUGACAUAUUUCUAUCAGCUAAACAAGAAUCAAAACGGAGAAUUAAAACGGUGGUCAUAACAAGCUGUACAGACACAGGGGAACAGUAGUUACUUGGGCAAUCGCUGGAGCUUGCAUUGGCCAACUUGCAAGCAGACGGAAGCUGGAGCAACCUAGAUUCCUGAAUACCAAGGCUCUUCAACUGAGGGUUAUUACCUGUGUGCAUCUGUUGUAUUAUGUAACAGAGACAAACAGGCUUUGAUUCUUUGAUUCCGCUCACAGACUUGCAACAUCCGUCUGUCGGGGUGGUUCCUUUGCCAGUGGCGUAACCAAGGCAAUCUGUCAAUUUCUGAAAGUUAUCUGCACACUCCUUCUCUAAGGGAUCAGCUCCCUCAGCGACAAAAUUCAACACUAUGAGACCUACCACCAAACAGCUAGGAGAAAGAAAAUAUAUAGUGCCUAUUUAUGAGAAGCUGCUAGAGUUGCUAAGAGAUGUGCUUUGAUGAUGGAAUUGAAAGCUGUGACUGAAGAGGGGUUAGCAGCUAGUGCCACAUUUAAUGCAGACUUCAUCCGUUUUCUUGAGCUGGGAUUUGGAGGUAGUUGGGACUUGAAAUAUUAGCUACAAUCUUAGACGCUUAAAUAAUCUUUUCAAGUAUUUAGUUUUCCAGUUUUAA